CGCCACCGUAGCUUGCCGUCAGUCGGUUACCGAACUCAUCUUCACGUAGUACCAAGUGCAGGCAAUGGAAUGCCGAAUGGACCUUUGUCCACUUGGAACUUGCGCUUGCCCUCUUCUGCAUUCUAAUGAAUGUGUAAGUCUACGAGCCUUUCUUGCACUGGAUUGGUGAGGGCGCGUUGAGAAGUCUAAUCAGCACUGGAAUUUGCAAGUCGGAUGGUGGCUCUAGCUUGCCUAUAAAAGCGGGGGAAACACCGGAAGGAGUCAACAGAGCUGCGGGAAUCGCUGUUGUGCUUGGACAAGAGAGCUUUACACGUACCGCUCCGAAGUAUCGCCAUGAAUCAACAAACGGCAGCGUGCUUUUUCGUGUUGAUAUUCUUCGUGGCAACUGCAUCCUCACAGACAUUUCAGUACAGUCGCGGUUGGACCAAUGGGAAACGGCGUGCAGAAGCUGUAGCGAGCGGACCAUCGCAGGCAGCAGAAGAACGCUCGCUCGUGGAAGAUGCGUUGGCCAAAGCGGUAACUGUGGAAUUUCACUCACUAAGAGAACAUUUACUCUUGGAGAAGCUGGGGCGCGCUUUUAGGACAUUGGAUCGUGUGGAUGAAGAGCAACAAGAAUAUUACGGCCAUUAACAGGGACGUCUAGCCUGGAACCCCUAACAGUACAAAGCUGAAUAUAAUCUACCGUUAGAACAAGUGCUACGCCUCCACAAAUUCUUUUGUGUACUAUGGCAAUGCUGAGUAAUAAAACUGUCGUGCUAAAA